AUGUUCUUCUUCUUUACCUGCGGCACGCACACCUUCACCAGCAAAGUCUCGGGCGCAGAAAACAUCACAGUGCAAUGCCAAAACUGCGGUAAUCACUCGGGCCGCGUCAUGAAGCGCUGGGAAUGGUUCACCUUCUGCUUCAUCCCCAUAAUCCCCUUCUCGCUGAAACCCUACAAAGAAGUAGGCUGCCACAUAUGCAAUUUCUUCCAAGACAUCAAGUACAGGCCAGACGUGCAGGCCAUGAUCAACAACGGGGGACAGCCUCAGGCUUACGCCAUGAGCGGUGGUGAACACGGCGCUCCUCCUCCGGGGGGUCAGAAAUUUGCGCACCAACAACAGCAGGGAGGUUAUGGAGGACCGCCACCACCGGCUGGUGUGCCGGGUCAGCAUUAUAGGUAAAAGGUCAAAAGGGGAAAAAAGGGAAAAAGGGAAAACAAGGGUUUCCCGCAUUGCUGCACCCCUCCCAACCCA